AACAAGUUCGCAGUUGAGGGAUGUUUACAGUUUGGAUUACAAUACUAAUCGGUGCUUUGAUGACUUUUAGACUGGUAAUCAGUACCGGAAACGACGAUUUCGUAGAUGCUUGUUUUGGAAAAGAGGGAGAUAAACCACCACAUUGCGAAUACAUCGACUUCGAUGAUGUAUUCGAGAGCUCCGACAUUAAAUUUAAUUGGAGUUUCAUAACGAAGCUGACAAUAAGCAAUAAAAGAAUCGUCGGAAUCCCGACGAGAAUGUUCGAGUCCUUGCCUAAUCUGGAGAGCUUUAUUGUUGUUAACAGUUUGUUCUACCGAGAGAUUGAUCCAAACAGCUUCAUUGAUUGCCACAAGUUGGAACACAUAGAAAUAACCGGUACAAACAUCUCAUUCCUGGAUAGUCAUCUGUUUCCGAAGACUCCCAAUUUGAAGCAACUACUCUGUCACCAUAACAAAAUCACCGAGAUCAAGCACGAUGCGUUCGAGUUUCUCAUAGGUCUGGAGGAGCUCAACCUAUCGUAUAACAAUUUAACUCGACUGCCGAGUGGAGUUUUUCACACGAUGAAAUAUCUGAAAACGUUAGAUCUGAAUCAUAACCGCUUGCUGUUGCUCAGCUUCGAUAGCUGGUUCCCACCGGACGGGAUUCACUCUCUCGCUUACCUGGAUGUAUCCUACAAUCAGCUUAUUGAGUUGGCUUGGAGUGAAAUCACCACGAAGAAAGUAAACCUAAAGUACAACAAUCUAACCAGCAUUCAGAUCGCCGGCAAUUGUACCGAGCUGCACGUUUCAUACAAUGCGCUACAAUCUGUUACAGUCGGCAGUAAUUGCUCAAUUGAAAAAUUAUAUCUUGCCCACAACUACAUCCGCAACUUUGGCGAUCUUCGAAAAUGUUCAGAGUCUCUGCGGACGUUAGACAUCUCGUUCAAUGUGUUGCAGCGCCGUUUUGACUUCCUGGGUAUGAAACAGCUGACUGCACUGAACGUGGAGUGCACCAACAUUACCAUAGAGUACACGACCCUGCAUGACCUGCGGAAGCUACGUUUUCUCGACAUCUCGUACAACAACAUUAAAAAGAUAGACUUUGAGAACCUCACCUCGCAGCGAUUGCUCGAACGUUUGAUGAUUAGCGGCAAUCCGAUUGGGAAUAUGUCGAUCGAGUCGAUCAAGCGAAACUUCCCAAAUCUGAAGUUGCUCGGAAUCUAUGACCUGCCGUGGAACGAGUCGUCGCUUUCGGUGGCAAUCGAGGAUUUGAAGAAGCAUGAUAUAAAACCGUACAUCAAAAAUGAUUAUCUUUUCGAAGAGAGUCUGUGUCCGCUGAAGAUUGUGCGUAAUUUCAGUGGAACCGGUGAUGAACACGACGAAUCAGCCGACGGUAUCGUUGGUUCUGUUGCUGAUAAAACAGUGGAAUAUGUGGUGAUUGUGCUGUUGGUUUUGGUGGUUUGCGGACUGUUAUCUAAAGUUUUUAUCGAUAGUCGAUACUAUCAGGAGCUGUUCAAGGAUCGUGGUCGUCGAUCCUCGAUUUCGCAUGAAAGCCUAGUGAGUUGUGAUUUGAAUGGUUGA